ACCAAGCAGCUCGUGUAAAUCUACCUAAACCAGUUCGCCAGGGCCUUACAUUAUAUACCAGCCACCGUCCGGCUCCGUAUACUGUCCGUAGCACGUCUAUGCAGCACAGCUCAGUUUUGUCGUCAGACAGUAUGCCUAGAAUAUUGUCUGUAACUUUAUAUUACAUUCUUUUUUAGUUUCAAGGCUUCGAGCUCAGCUCGAUCUUAUUAUUGUCAGAUCAGAGUGAGGACAAAUUGAAUUACAAUGGACAAUCAAGCAAUGAAGAAUCUUGGCUUUAAAAUAGGAGUAUCAUCUGCAAAAAUCUUGAGGAGAGCCCAGGAAUUGAACAGACUAAUCCAGUUACGCUGCAGUUCCUUGGCAUUGAAUGACUCUUGCCGUGCAGUCAUGUGUUUUGAAUUGGCGGCUACAGAACACAAACAUCCCAUCAACAAGGAGUCGGCUGUGCAACUCUCGGGUGUGAAUAAGAAAGUGUAUGCAAAUUCCUUCAAGACGUUACAGACAUUACUGGGCCUGAACCCAACUGUGACCAUCAGAGACCUUGCUGUCCAGUUUGGAUGUGUAGGAGUAAUUGAACAUGCAAACCAAGUCCUCCAGAGCUAUCACAAAGAGUUUGAGGACAAGGUUUCUGAAGCUGCUAGAGAUGAUGUUGAUUUCAGCAAACCUCUCUUUACUGGUGCUGCACUAUACACCAUAUGCAAACGUCAAAAGAUUAAAGUGGACAAGACGAAGCUUGUAGAGAUGACUGGUGCAAGAAGAGGCACAUUUGACAAGCUGUGUGCUGAGAUGGAGAAACAUGCCACCCAGCUGUUUGGUGAAAAGAAGUCUAAACAAUCUAAAAGACAUCAUUCAUGGAUGGAUGACUUAGAGAAAUCUUUUGAAGAUGGUGCGAGUCUACCGAAGCAAUCUAAGGGUGAUCAGGAUAGCAGCAGUUCAAAGCAGGACGAUUAUGAGGAAUGGAAGAGGAGAAUUCUUGAGGGAGUACCUGACACCAACAAGUGAAAUGCUUCUUACUGUGAAAUAAACUGAUCCAAGGGUCUCUGGCAUAUUGCUCAGGGGACCAUGGCUGUCGUACGCUAGGGACGAACGAUAUUCUUUGGACUUGUGCUGCCACACCCCGAUCAUCAUCCUAAUGUUACCUUACAUGUAAUCUCCAUCUGCAAUACAAACCCACUUCUGAUUUGCAGAUUUGUGAUAAAUAACAUGUGUGACUAGUUGAGUUUCAGCGUCCUGUGCUGACGUUUUUCAACAAGUACAGCACGGCAAAACACUAGCCGCCAAUUAAAAUGAUGAAGAAACAUCAUGAGUAGAGUCGUAACAAAUUCCAUCUGUGAUUAAACAACUCUCGCAACAUUUGUCAUGCCUUUCACCCAGUGUUGUUGGUUGUAGGAGGUAUUCUGUUUGGGGGUAAUCUGCCCCAUCUGUCCCAUUGUCAUUCUUGCAACAAUGAAGGAAACCGUUCAUUAGAUCAUGUGGAUCGUAAUCUUGCAGUAACUGAAGAACAGCUUUAUGGAUCAUGAUUGCUCAUGUGACUCAUGUAUGUAUAUGGGAGCAAUGAUGAUCUGAUAAGAUUUUGAAUUCAUAAUGUCAAAAGUUAUAGAGGUCAUUAUACUUGUUCUCACUAUAAAUGGAGUUAUUUGAGGGUUCGUCAAUUUUGGUUCAUGUGUAUGAAUAUUCUAGGGACAAUGAUCCAAGUACAUUUUGGGUCAUGAGGUCAAAGGUCACAAUAGAUGUCUGUACCUGAAAAUAUCACUGUCUUGCGAUAAUUCAAAGAAUCAUUUGAGUGAACAAAUCAAACUUGGCUGAUGUGACUAUGAUCUCAGUAGAUUUGGGGUCAAUGGUCACAAGGGGUCAUUUUAAAAUUUCAGAAGUUAGGUGUGAAAAAUAUUCUUGUUCCAGCUAUGGAGGAGGCGUAAACCUUAACUGUGUGUAUUUGGGAAACAUCUAGUUUUUAGAUAGUCAUAUUGUCUAUAGUGGAACUAUAAGUUUAACUAGUACAAACAGAGGUCAGGGACCUAUUCAUGGAGGAUUCGUCUAUUGUUACUGGGGUUGCUGAACAUUGUCACACCACACCCAGUAACAAUAGAUAAUCCUCGGUGGCCAGGUCCUUGACAGAGGUGUCAUAACAUUUCAUUUAGCUACAGUAAUAGUCAAUGAGGUAGAACUAAGUUAUUUUCUUAAAACAAUUAUUAUUUAUUCAUUUAUUUAUUUCGUUUUAUUUAUACACGGUAGCCCCAUCAGUAGUCUAGUACUGUUUUCCAGGGGGCCCUGCAAACAAAUAUAUACAAUAUAACAGACAAGCAAAUUACAUAAGGAAAUAACAAACAGAACAUGCAAAAUAAUCAAGUGAAUACAUGGAAAAAGAUGAUGGUACAUGAGUACAUUGUAAGGAAGUAACGUUUAUUCAUCUAGAUUUCAAUCAGCAUUACAAUACAGGAAAACAACCCCCCCUCCCCCUACAUUUCAAUUAUUUAAAUCAGGUAAAUCAAUGUAAUUGCUACUCUAUGUGAAUAGUACAUACGAAAAUUUACUUGUGGAAGCGAAAAUAAGCAAGUUUAGUGGGUUCUUUGAAAUUAACAGAGAAACUCAUAAUUAUUUUUAUGUCAUAUGUGACCCAUGUGUUGCAUGUAAUUAAGAUAAUACAUAUAUUACACUAUUAAAAAAGCGUAUAUCUCUGCUUCACAUACUGAUUUCUGCAUGUUGCAGAGAGUGAGGGGCUAUUUCCUGGAAGAGCACCCCUUCAAGUACUGGGAACAAAAAAGCAUUCUUACUACUAGCACUUCUCACUGAUGGGGGUAGGCUAUUCCAAAGUAAAGCAUCAUCGAUUGAUAGUACAUGUUUACCACAUUAUGCUUCAAAGAACUGAAAAUUGUGUGGGUUUCAUGUUCUAGUUUAAUGAUAAAAUGAUAUAGCUUAUUGUGGUUAUUCAAGAAUUAAAAAAAUAUAUAUAAAAAACAAAACAUGUAUUUGCUAUAUUUUUUUCAGACAUACUAGAUAAAUGUAAGUGCAGAAUCUCUUCUUCAAUUUGAGUCGAAAAUACUUUAAGAAAAUUGUCUAUGCAUUGUCACAACUGAGGCCUGUCAGGAACAAUUUGCACAGAAAAUCUGAACUAAAAGUAACCAUGGUUUUAGUUUACCUUGGGUUAACUCAGAACACACUUUUAUGGAGUAUUUUAAAACUGUCAACUUAUUCACUGGGUAGAAAUUAUUCUAAUCCUGUGUCAAGAAGUUUAAAAAAAUAAGUUGUGUCAUGAAAUGAGAAGAAUAGAAAAAUAAAAUGAAUUUUUGAAUUCAUUAGUUGUUACUAUCUUUGCCAUGAAGAAACAUGAUAAAACCCAGCAAUAGUAUCCAUAGAAGUGUGGUUCAAUAUUCAAGUCCAGACUAGGGUUCAAACUAGGUUUAAAAAUUAGAAAAUCCCACCCAGUCUUUAAAUAGUCAGGCGUUAGAAUAAAACAAACAUACCAAAGAACACACAGGAAAUGUUAUUGAGCCAUCCUUUAUUACAAUUGUCCAUUGUACCUUAAUUGAAUUAAUUCUAUGCAAUUUCAAACUCUUCUGGCUUAUGUAGACAUGGCACUUUAAUAUAUGUAUCAUGUUUGGUAACAAAAUAAAGAAUAAAAGCUACACUACUAUGUAAUUCUGAAAAUAAGAUAUUCAAAAUCAUUUGUCUGGGCUGGGAAAAAUGUCUGGAAAUCCUGAUUUUUGUCACGCCUGCAGCAAACUUUGGCCAUGUUGGGGGUAUUUGUGGAAUUGUCAUCAGAACUUCGAAAUUUUAAGGAUCUAAGGCAUGAAACUUGGACUUACGAGCAAUGAAGUAUCCUUGAAUAUCCUGUAUGAAUUUCAGGUCACAUGACAAUGGUCAAAGGUCAUAUAGUGCCGACAAACAAUAUGUUGGGAGUAUUUUUUUGAAUUACUAUCAUAACUUUGAAAGUUUGUGGAUCUAUUUCAUGAAACUUAGACAUAAGAGUUAUCAAGUAUUAUUGAACAGCCUGCGGGAGAUUCAGGUCACAUGACCAAUGUCAAAGGUCAUUCAAGGUCAAUAAAAUUUUGCCAUAUCAUGGGGAAUUGCCAUCAUGACUUGAAAGUUUUAUAUGGAUCUACUUAUGAAAUUUGGACUUAUUAUAAAGAGCAAUCAAGUAAUGUUGUUAUGUACAAGUCUUACGUCACAUUA